CUGGCAGGAAAGAAUAACCAACUGAAGGUGACCUAUCUUCUCCAUUAGGCCCUUUUUAGUGUCAAUCCGGACUUCAACAAGUAGUGGAACGUGUAGAAGACCCAGGCCUAACCAUGAAACUACAGCAACUUGUUCUUUCCACGCUGCUCGUGGUUGUUUUAAUGGUCGGUGAAUGUGCAUCUUUGAAAUGUUACAGCUGUAACAGUUUCAAUAAAACACAAUCUUGUAUCACACCUGGGCCAACCACACCUAUAGUAGAAUGUGAGGCUAAUCAAACUAUGUGCAGGAAAAUUGAGCAACAGAUUUACUACAACGGUGCUGAUCAGACAAGGGUCUUUCGUCAGUGUGCCACUCUUGGAAGUUUAGGAGAUUGUCUGGAACGAACUGGAACAUAUCGUUAUAAAUCAUGGUACUGCCACUGCAAAAGUGAAACUGAUGAAGUAUGCAACAAGGCAGACAGCUUGCCACUUUCUGUGUCCUUAACAGCUGCUAUGCUUUUUAGUGUUUUUAGCCUUACCAAAUUUUUGUGAACUUCUGUGGAUGUUUGGUAUUAGAUUGUCUUAAAAUGUACAUUUGCACAAAACUAAACUUAAUUUCUGUCAGAUGUUAAUUAUAAGCUAUCCUGUCCAUUAAGACAUCUAAAAAUUUCUUUGAAAACUAGGGCUUUAACUUGUCUGUUCACCAUUAGCUGCAUCCUGCUGAAAGAAUUCAUGGUCUGGUUUUUUACUAUUUUCACAACAAUUUACCAAUUUUUCACUGAAAUUUUCUGAUUGUUCAUAAGAAAUUGUGAUUACUAAUUUGUGCUUUCACCACAUGGAGCAUUCGGACAAGUUUUGCCUGUUGGGACUUUGUUUCCAUGUUCUUAAAUUUUUUAAAUAAUUAGCUCCAGAUAUACUCCUAAUUUACAGAGGGCAGUCAGUGUAUACCCGUAUGAAUUGUUUAUUGUCAAUGAUUUAUAUUUGUCGACCUGCUCAGAUUUUUUCUUUCUAGCUAUCAUUAUUCAAGCAUAAUUGAAUCUCAAGUUUGUUUUCAUUGUAAAUUUCUAUGGUCUAGUCAUCUUUAGGUCUAAAAUUAUCCUGAACUACUACUCCCCCUUAAAAAUUCUACAACUAUUUUGGGUCAAAAGUUUAGUAUAAGAUGCAUUGACAUGCUCAGUGUUUUGGUCGGCAUUGAUUAGUGUAAAGUGCUAUCUAAAAUACAAGGUAACAGCUAUGCAGGAAAUAAAUCAUGACCAUCCUUUGUUGUAAAGUUAAAAUUUCAUUGCUGUUUUAAUUUUAUCCUACACUUGAAAUUGUAUACAUGUAAGAUUUUUGAAACAUUCCCUUGUAUAAAUUGUAAGAUAGCAAAUGUUUAUUUGCUACUUAGUCAGCCACUUUAAGGUUUAUUUCUGCAUAUUUUAUAUACUUUUAUAAUGUUUACAUUGUGUUGUUGCUUUAAAUUGUAAUUUUAAUUUGAAGCUUUCAAUAAAUUAGUACAGAUCAAUACCAUGCCCAUGGGUACAAUUCACAGUAGUAUUAUAUUGAAAAUAUUUCUGAUAAUUGUUUCUAGAUUAGCAUUUACUGGAGAUUUUUUUUAAAGUGUACAAAUGGCUUUUUGAGUAACCUGGAAACCAGUGCAUGUGUUAAGUGAAAAUGCAAGUGGUCUGUUUCAGUGCAGUAAAAUUUUUAAAAGAAUGAGUUUUAGCUGUUAAUAAAUUAAAAUAUUUUUGUUUACAUUUUUGUACGUACAUUUUAGCCUUUUUGAAUCUCCACUGCAUUUACUGUCCAUUGAAUAUGUUUAUUCCAGCUGGCAUUUAUUUUUAAAAAAUUUUUCCCCCAGUGUAAAGUUGUCUUUAUUAUUUUGGGUGCUUGAGAAUGAAUGUCUACUUCGAGAAUAUUUUUUCUACUUAAAAUCAUGCAAUAAACAGAGUAAUAUGUGA